CUGAAACGUUAAAAAGAAGAGAAAUAAUAGAAUAUAAUUCCAACUACCGACUUGAGACCUCAAUGAAACUCAAAACACCGCCAACUGCAAACAUCAUUCAUUACUAAAUUCCGCCACCACCACAAUCGCACAACCGCCGGUAACGAGCACCACCAUUCUCUCUCGUAUGUGCCAGCCGUCAUCGUCAUUCUCCUUUUUCCCUGUCUUCAAACUUCGUAGUUGGCAUGCUAAGGAAGUAUACACCUGAUUGGUGUUCGACAAAAUGCCCGUUACAAGUUGUUGAAUCAGUACUGUGUUUCUGUAAUACAAUUCGGGCUACUAGAACUGAUUUGUGAAAGUUGACAGAUGGAGAGCUUAAUUUUCUUCUCCCUGUAUCCAUAUCCGAUCUCUGAAUGUAAUAUUGUUACUAUUGAUUUGCGUAGAACACUGUUUGUGGCACGAGCAGAUAGCAGAAGACCUUAUCGUAGAAAACUUGAACUUCCCAAGAACCUUCGCUAUCCACGUCGAACUAGAAUUUCACCCGACUUUCACCCUGAUCUUCGUAAUGUCGAAGAAUCGUUUCCGGAAUUUGACUCUGGAUCAUCAGCAGUUGAUUAUAACGAAAAUGAUACUAGUUAUGACUGCGAUGAUGAAAAUGUGGUCUGGGAGUCUGAUGAGAUUGAAGCCAUUUCAUCCCUUUUCAAAGGGAGAGUUCCUCAAAAGCCAGGGAAACUGAACAGGGAAAGGCCUUUGCCGCUCCCUCUUCCUCACAAGCUUCGACCUUUGGGACUUCCCACCCAUAAAAAGCUCCUCAGGACUGAUCUUUCUUCUUUCGUGAGGCAGCCGUUAUCGAAUCACAUUUACAAGAACCCCACUUUCUUGAUUGGCUUAGCUAGGGAAAUCAAAAGUCUUCCUCUGGAGGACAAUGUAUCCGUGGUCCUCAACCAGUGGGCUCGGUUUCUGCGCAAAAGGUCCUUGUCACUAACAGUCCGUGAGUUAGGCCACAUGGGUCUUCCUGAGCGAGCUCUACAAGUUUUCUGCUGGGCUCAAAACCAAACCCAUUUGUUCCCAGACGAUCGCAUUCUUGCUUCAACUGUUGAGAUAUUGGCAAGGGCACAUGAGUUGAAAAUGCCUUUUGAUUUGGAUAAGUUCAUCAGUUUGGCAAGCCAGGGUGUGUAUGAGGCGAUGGUCAGGGGCUUCAUUAAAGGGGGAAAUUUGAAACUUGCUUGGAAGCUUGUUUCAGCUGCCACGGAUGGGAAAAGGACAUUGGAUGCUGGUGUUUAUGCGAAGCUAAUACUAGAACUUGGGAAAAAUCCCGAUAAAAGAAUACUUGUAUUGCCCUUAUUGGAGGAGCUCGCAAAUAGAGAGGAUCUCCAAUUAACUCAGCAGGAUUGUACGGCUAUCAUGAAAAUUUGCAUAAAACUCGGGAAGUUUGAUGUUGUAGAGGCAUUAUACGAAUGGUUCAAGAAGUUUAAUGGAGUUCCAAGUGUAGUCAUGUACACCACCCUGAUUCAUAGUCGAUAUUCUGAGAAAAGAUAUAGGGAGGCAAUGGAUGUAGUCUGGGAAAUGGAGGCUUCAAACUGUCUGUUUGAUCUCCCAGCUUAUCGAGUGGUAAUAAAGCUCUUCGUAGCUUUGAAUGAUCUCUCGAGGGCUGCAAGAUAUUUUUCUAAACUUAAGGAGUCAGGUUUUUCUCCAACUGUUGACAUUUAUCGGGAAUUAAUCAAAAUUUACGUGGUUUCGGGAAGGUUGGCCAAGUGUAAAGAAGUCUGCCGGGAGGCUGAGAUGGCUGGAUUGCAGUUGGAUAAACAAACUCAGUUAUCGUUAUUGCAACUUGAAUAAUUGUGGAGUUAUGGAACACAAUCCCAUCUCUUUUUCUGUUUGAUAUCCUUUAUAGCAUGUUUAGAACGCAAGAUUGAACACAAGAAUCUUCUAGUAUUAUCAUAAAAUCUUCUUCGAUCAUAUUCAAUUCUAUCCGUUCGUUGGUAUUGAAUUGAGAUGAGAAGAUGAUCUGAUUAUUGUUGUUAUUACUUGAAAUUAGUUUAUCAUUUCUAAAUGACCAUUUUCCAUGCACA